AUGCUCAUAUACAUUGUGAAUCACGCGGGAGGACAAGAGACCAAACAUAACACGGACUCGUCUACAGGGCAUCCCACCAUUUGCUCCCCUCGACACGCAUAUCUGUCUCUGCACAGUACGAUCUCGGUGCCGGCGGUACUUGCUGUCAUGAAAGGCCUAGUCGGUCCAAUUCUCCACAUCGACGAUAUGGAGUUCUAUAACCUUAUGUUCCUCAACCCCAUUGACGAAUUACUUUGUUCGAGCCCGUUGCAUGCCGUCACAGGUAAGCUCUUCAACAAGGGUUUUGAAUACGGUGUUCAGAAGGCCGCACUUCGAGCACAGCGCACGGAGGCGAAUGGAUGGGCAGCGAGCAGACACAAACGCGCUGUGAACAAGGCGCUAUUUGGCGAGUACUAUGAGCCGUCGAACAACUCAACCACCAUCACGUCGAACAACGCAGUAAACCCGGUUCCCUUGGGACUACCAGCCCUUGCAGGAUCUCCCCUUCUCCAGUACGACCGAGCAGACCGUUGCUUCGUCACCACCACAAGAAGGACUCCCAUCUAUCCUCGAGGCGGCUCCUGGGUUCACGCAGAAGGUUCCAACCCGCAGAUCGUCGCCCAUCAACAGCUUGUCAGCUAUUACCAGAGACACCCUCCCGCUCACCCAGAAGACGUAUUCGCCAUCCUACGAAUCAACGUCGAACCAGCACAAACAACAGAGAACCCACAGUCACCUGUUAACGAACAACCGUUCGAGCUCCCGGACGUUCAGUACGUUCCCAUCGAGGCUCCAGAACUACCACCAGCUCCACCUGCACCAACCAACGCACCGGUUGAAGCCCCUAUGGCAACGUUCACUCAAGCAGACAUCGAUCAGCGCAUCGCUGUCGCCCUCGCAGCAUACCAAUCCCAACAAUCAACUGCCAACCGACCCCUUCGCCUUGACAUCCCCGCUCCUGAACCUUUCAGUGGAAAAGCGGAGGACCUCAGACGCUUCAUCCAAUGCAUCCUCUCCUACUUCGUCGCCACCAACAACACCCGACUCAGCGAUGAAGCAAAGAUCGCCUUCACUGUAGCGUUGAUGAGGAAGGACCUAGGGAAGACAUGGGCAGAUGCAUACUACGAAAAGUCGGCAGGGGGGGUCCAGGUCUAUCCCGAUUGGGCAGCCUUCGCCACUGCCCUUGAGGAAGUGUUUCCCGAACACGGAACGCGAAUCAAGGCGCACCAAAUCCUGAUGAAGCUGCCCGAACGACAGAAGAACAAGAAGACGGUGCUCUCCCUCGGAAACUACGUCACCCGCUUUGAGCAGCUAGCAUCGAAAGCCCAGCUCAAGGACGCCGAAGUCAAUGGCGUCAACCGCACCGAGAACGACUACCACACUCUCCACGCCAACUUCAUCAAAGGACUACCGAAGGAGCUCUACGUCUCUCUCGCAACUAGGGUCGCUAGAGACCGACCCAAUACCAUGAAAGCCUGGUACGACGAAGUCCGAAAUGCCGACGCCGCCGAACAAGGGGCCCUCACCGUCACAGACACCAGGGACUACGGGGAGCCAAUGGAUAUCGACGCCGCUGCAGUCGCGGCAACCUUUGCCUCCACAUCGGGAGGAAGGAAGUGGGAACUAGGAGCCGUUCUCAAUGAGGCCGACCGGAAGCUCCACAGGGACGGAAACCUGUGCUUCUACUGCCACAUCAAGGGCCACAGCGCCAAGGAUUGCCGCAAGAAAGCGGCCGCACGACAAGGGGGUGGAAGGCCGAACCAGGGAGGAUCUGGAAAGGACGACUUCCGCGCCAGAAUCAAGACACUCUCCGCUGACGAAAAGCGGGAGCUGUAUGAAGAACUCACGAUGGAGGAUUUUUGA